UCAGAAGCAUGACAAUACCAACGUACAGGGCGUUGUUGCUCUUCUCCAUUCUCUUGCAAAUAAUUAUCGCAUUAAUUUCUACCAUACCCGUCAACAUAUAUGCACAUAAGUAGCUAUACAUUCUAUACAUUGUAUAUAACAAAUAUAUUUUUUAACAAACGUUCAAUUUAUUCUUUUCUGACAUUGACAUAUGCCGACCACGGUAUAAAUGUACUUGACUGCUGAUAAAUUAUUAACAAGUGUAUAAGUACGUGGUCUAUCUACUUUUUUUUAUAUUUUUAUUUGAAUUCGAUAGUUUUAGUCCUUGGAUUAUGUCUAAGUACACAAUCCGGGUAACAGUCAUUAGUUCAUUCCGACCACGUAAAAAAUAAGAUUACGAGGAUGGCGUGAGUAGAAUGAUAAGGUGUUUAUGUGAAUAUGUUGGAUAAGCGGCGGCUUCAUGGCCACGUGUCGCCGCCAGGUUACUUGCUGUUUGUGAUUGCCCUAUUUUUAAUGGGAUUUCUAUCAUUUUGGAUGCUAAUUAUCGGGUGUCCAGAGUCAUCGCUGCUAACUACCGAAGUAACUGUUCCCGGAUAUAUUCUACUUGUUCCUGACAACGUCUCAACGAUUCCUGUACCAUAUUCAUUGAACGAUCUGCCGUCCAGCGAUGAAUCGACGCUGAUUGAUAUUAAAAAUUUUAAAUUCACCAUCAAUCAUGAUCCCUGCAACAAAACGCAGCCGCUGCUGCUGAUGCUGAUACACUCGGCCCCUGGUAAUUUUGCUAAACGCAAUGUCGUGCGUGACACUUGGGGCAAGCAGACGCCAGAAAUGGUCGUGCUGUUCCUUGUCGGAGCUACCCUCGACUUUCAGGCUGAUUUGAACAAAGAGAAUAAUAAGUACCAAGAUAUUAUUCAAGGAAAUUUUAUUGAUGCAUACAGAAAUAUGACUUACAAACACGUCAUGGCUUUGAAGUGGGCUACGUAUCAUUGUCCAAGUGCUAAAUAUAUAUUAAAAUUGGACGACGACGUUUUCGUGCACACUCCAGCAAUGAUAGACUUCUUGAAACACGGUCUUUCGCCAUGGGGUGCUCGGCGAUUAAUUCUGUGUGACCCGCUUUCAACGGGGGCUGUGAAAAGGUCAUGGCGUUCUAAAUGGCGAGUAUCGCCUCAAGAAUAUCCUGGCAGAAGUUAUCCAGCUUAUUGUGCAGGUUGGGCUAUUUUAUAUUCACCAGAUAGUGUAUUUCUACUGUAUAAAGAAGCUCAAAGAGAACCAUAUUUUUGGAUCGACGAUGUCCACAUUACGGGAACAGUCGCUAGAAAAGUUAAUUUAACUCACAGCUCAUUACAUUCAUUAGUAUUAAAAAAUGAAGAUAUGGAGGAGUUGUUAACUAAUCCGAAUGUACAUCGUGAAUUUUUAUUUGGGCCGCCUAAUUUGGCUGAAAAUCAUAUUAAGGCUUUACAUUAUUUGAGCCAAGCUAAUAAAGUUUGGCAAUAAUAAAAAUUCACUAUUUAUUAAUACGCUUAUUGCUAAAAUAUUCUAAAGGAAUUAUAAAAGUCAUUUUUACAAAAAUCUUGAGUGUAUACGAGAAGUAAAUUUAAAAAUUAUUUUAUUUUUAGAGCGAUUAAGGUUGAGGGUAUUUUUAAAAUUAAA